AGUCACUCAUGACUCUUCACUUAUUGUCGCUUUGCUCCAACCGGCCGAGGUUAUAAUUGCGAGUGAAUGUGUGAUGAUGAAGUGCGAGAGAGAUGGGUGAAGCAGAACUUGCAAGUCAUCCUCUUUUCGAGAGCGAAAAAGCCGAAGGACGAGUUGCGUAUAGAUUGUUUGCGAGUUCAGUAUUUGCAGGAAUAUGUUUGAUAUGGAUACAGAGAUUGGUGUUCAUGCCGAGAGUAGAGGAGCAAGGAAGAUGGGUUUGGUUCGGCAUGUUGGUGGCUGAGGUUUGCUUUGGACUCUACUGGAUUUGUACUCAGGCUCUUCGAUGGAGUGUUGCCUUUCAGCAGCCCUUCAAAUACAGGCUUCUUCACAGGUACAAAGACAAUUUACCUAGAGUUGAUAUUUUUGUGUGCACAGCAGACCCAUUGAUAGAACCACCAAUUUUGGUGAUGAACACGGUUUUAGCAGCGGUGUCGUAUAAUUACCCGACCGAAAAAUUGGCUGUUUAUCUCUCAGACGACGGAGGAUCGGAGUUGACAUUCUAUGCUAUGCUUGAAGCAGCUGAAUUUGCCAAAUAUUGGGUACCUUUUUGUAAAAGAUACAACAUCAAACCCUUGUCCCCUGAGGCUUACUUUGCACAAAGUAGCAAUGAGCAAGAUAUUACUUUUGCUCAAGAAUUGUCACUUGUCAAGAAAUUAUAUAACGAAAUGAAAGAUCGGAUCAACUCAAUGGUCGAAAGAGGUAGCGUUCCGAGAAAUAUAAGGGAUCAACACAAGGGAUUCUUAGAAUGGAACAACAAUGUAACAAAGAAAGAUCAUCAAGCCAUUGUGCAGAUUGUUGUUGAUGGAAGGGAUGAAACUAAUGUAGAUAACAAUGGAUGUCAAAUGCCUACUUUAGUUUACUUGGCAAGAGAGAAGAAUUCUCAAUACCCUCAUCAUUUCAAAGCUGGAGCUAUGAAUGCCUUGAUAAGAGUAUCAUCAAUAAUAAGCAAUGGGUCAGUUAUCCUGAAUCUUGACUGUGACAUGUACGCUAAUGAACCGGAUACAAUAUUGGAAGCAUUGUGUUUCUUCAUGGAUGAGCAGAAAGGACAUGAGAUUGCCUUUGUUCAACAUUCACAAGCCUUUAACAAUAUCACCAAGAACGAUCUUUAUGGAAAUUCAUAUAAUGUCACUCAUAAGGUUGAAUUAAAUGGGAUGGGGGGAUAUGGUGCUUCCCCUUAUUGUGGAACUGGAUGCUUCCAUAGAAGACAAACCCUUUGUGGCCAAAAGUUCUCCAUGCACAACAAAUUAGAACUCAAAAUUGAAACUAAAAUGAAACAGGAAAGAACCAGUUAUGAACUAGAAGAGGCAGCAAAAUUGGUUGCUACUUGUAUAUAUGAGCAAGACACACUCUGGGGAAAAGAGAUGGGAUUAGUAUACGGAUGCUCUGUGGAAGACAUGAUCACAGGAUUAACAAUCCAAUGUAGGGGAUGGAAAUCAAUUUAUUACUCUCCUAAAAGAGAUGCAUUCUUGGGUAUAGCUCCAACUACAUUGGAAGUACAUUUGAUUCAGCACAAGAGAUGGUCUGAAGGAAUGUUUCAGAUUUUCUUAUCCAAAUAUUGCCCCUUUAUUUAUGGCUAUGGCAAGCUAAAAUUGGGGGCAAAAUUGGGAUAUUGUGUUUAUUUACUAUGGCCUCCUCUCUCAUUGCCAACCCUCUAUUAUGUCAUUGUUCCUCCUCUUUGCCUCCUCCGCGGGAUUCCAUUGUUUCCUCAGGUUUCAAGCCGAUGGUUCAUACCAUUUGCAUACGUUUUCCUAUCAACAAAUGUGUAUAGCAUGGUGGAAGAAUCAUUUUGCGGCGACACAAUUAGAGCUUGGUGGAAUUUACAAAGAUCGUUGAUGAUUCGAAGAACAACUGUAUAUUUUUUCGCAUUCAUUGACACGAUUAUCAAACAAUUAGGCUUAUCACAAACAACGUUUUUAGUUACACCUAAAACAAACACUGAAGAUGUGUCGAAAAGGUAUGAACAAGAGAUCAUUGAAUUUGGAAGCUCAAGUGUCGUGUUCACCAUUGUUGCAACACUAGCAAUGUUGAACAUAUUCAGCUUAAUUGGAGGUAUAAUUAUCAAGAUUGUUAUUUCUUUUGAUUUGGAUUUUCAGGCUAUAGAUAUGUUGAUUCCGCAAGUUGGAUUAUGUGUAGUUGUGGUUAUGCUUAAUUUUCCGGCGUAUCAUGCUAUGUUUUUCCGCCAUGAUAGAGGGCGUCUACCACCGGACGUUACGAUCAAAUCUAUAAUUUUUGCAUCAUGUAUAUGCUUCAUGGUGAUGAUGAAUUAGAGUGUAGUAAACAUAUAUGUAGUCCAACUCUAUGCAUUUGUACCAUUUCCUAAAAUGUGGAAUAAAUGAUCUAUAUGUAAUCUACUAUUUUUGUCUAUUUAAUUAGUUUUGUUUGAAGCUGAA